UGUCAGUGCAGUGAAGGACACAUUUUCUUCAUAUUCCUCUUUCAAAUUCCCCGCCACCACUCCCUUAUUCGUCUCUCUACUCUUCACUCAUUCAGUCUCAGUAUUGGGUUUGAAGCGGUGAGACUUUUGCUGGCAUGGGUGAUUCUUCGAGGGAGGAUGCCAGCAAUACUCUUAGAGUGCUUGUUGCUACGGAUUGCCAUCUAGGCUAUAUGGAGAAGGAUGAAGUACGUAGGCAUGAUUCUUUCCAGGCAUUUGAGGAAAUAUGCUCAAUAGCAGAUCAAAAGCAGGUGGACUUCUUACUCCUUGGUGGUGAUCUUUUCCAUGAGAAUAAGCCCUCAAGGUCAACAUUGGUUAAGACCAUUGAGAUCCUCCGUCGUUAUACCCUCAAUGAUCGUCCGGUGCAGUUUGAAGUUGUCAGUGAUCAGACUGUGAACUUCGCAAACAUAUUUGGUCAUGUGAAUUAUGAAGAUCCUCACUUCAAUGUCGGCUUGCCAGUUUUUAGUAUUCAUGGAAAUCAUGAUGAUCCUGCUGGAGUGGACAACCUUUCUGCUGUUGAUAUUCUUUCGGCAUGCAAUCUGGUGAACUAUUUUGGGAAAAUGGUUCUUGGAGGUUCUGGUGUUGGUCAAAUCACUCUCUACCCUAUUCUUAUUAGGAAGGGUUCAACGCUUGUGGCUCUCUAUGGUCUUGGGAAUAUUCGAGAUGAACGCCUCAAUAGGAUGUUUCAGACACCACAUGCUGUGCAAUGGAUGCAGCCCGAAGCUCAAGAAGGGUGUCAAGUGUCAGACUGGUUCAACAUUUUGGUACUUCAUCAAAACAGAGUAAAGACAAAUCCUAAAAAUGCAAUCAGUGAGCAUUUUUUACCAAGGUUCCUAGACUUCAUAGUGUGGGGGCAUGAACAUGAAUGUCUUGUUGAUCCUCAGGAGGUUGCAGGUAUGGGUUUCCACAUUACCCAACCAGGCUCUUCCAUUGCAACAUCACUGAUUGAUGGAGAGUCAAAGCCGAAGCAUGUACUACUUUUAGAAAUUAAGGGAAAUCAAUACCGCCCAACCAAGAUCCCAUUGAAGUCAGUGAGGCCUUUUGAAUACACUGAGAUUGUGCUAAAGGAUGAAGCUGACAUUGAUCCAAAUGAUCAAACUUCAAUUCUUGAACAUCUAGACAAAGUGGUCAGAAACCUGAUUGACAAAGCUAGUGGAAAGUUUGUUAAUGGAUCAGAGCUCAAGCUUCCACUAGUCCGGAUAAAGGUAGAUUACUCUGGAUUUAUGACAAUAAAUCCUCAAAGGUUUGGGCAAAAGUAUGUGGGCAAGGUUGCAAAUCCCCAAGAUAUUCUUAUUUUCACAAAGGCUUCAAGAAAAGGUCGUAGUGAAGCCAAAAUUGAUGACUCUGAGCGGCUUCGCCCAGAAGAAUUGAAUCAACAAAAUAUAGAAGCCUUAGUUGCUGAGAAUAAUCUGAAAAUGGAGAUCCUUCCAGUCAAUGAUUUGGAUGUUGCAUUGCACAAUUUUGUCAACAAAGAUGACAAAAUGGCUUUCUAUUCUUGUGUUCAAUAUAAUCUGGAAGAGACACGUAGUAAAAUUGCUCGUGAUUCAGAUCCUUUAAAGUUUGAAGAGGAAGAUUUAAUUCUUAAAGUUGGAGAGUGCUUGGAGGAACGGGUCAAGGAAAGGUCAGUGCACUCAAAGGAAACCCCACAGUUCAUGUCAAGUGCUCGGUCAUUGGAGAAUAUCAGAAGUAAAGGUACUGCUGAAACUGGAAGUGCAGUUUCCUUUAGUGAUGAUGAAGACCCCACCCAGUUAUCUGGGUCAAAAUCUGCCACUAGGGGCAGAAAAGGGUCAUCAGCAACCUUUAAGUCCUCCCAUGAUGCUUCUGAACAAGGUAAAGGUAAAUCUUCUACAAGAGGAAGGGGCAGGGGCAGGGGCAGGGGGAGGAGCUCCAGUACCUUGAAGCAGAUGACACUUGAUUCAAGUCUGGGAUUCCGCCAUUCUGAAAGAUCUGCAUCAGUUGCUGCGACAGCUGCUGUUCGAAACCUUGCUGAUGAUGAGGACAAUGUGGAGUCCAGUUCAAGCGAUGAAGCAGGGAAAUAUGGAAUUAAUGAGGUUGAUGACAGCUCGAAAUUUCUUCUCAAGGAAAAUGAUGAGAAUCUCCAAGGCAAAGGACGCAAAAGAGCUGCUCCAAGGGGAAGGGGUAGAGGUGCUACUACAUCCUCUAAGCGAGGAAGGAAAUCAGAUUCCACUUCAAUUCAGAGAAUGCUUAUGAACAAAGAUGAUGAUGAUGAUGAUGAGGAUGACAUGUCAAAGAGAUUAAAUAAGCCUCAGCCUCGGGUAACAAGGAAUUAUGGUGCUCUAAGAAGGUAAACUAUGCCCCCAAAGUUCAUAAAUGCUGGUUGGGGCAACAUGUUUUUGUAUCAAACCUUGGGAUGAGCCAUUCUAAUGUAUCAACUCACAAUGAAAAUAGUAUGAUAAGCUAUAUAUUCUGGGACAAGAAACAAAAAAACCAUAAACUUAAUGUCUUUGGUUAAGGCUGCACUUUUUUCCCAAUUCCCAGAGGCAAAUUGAUGUAGACAUGUACAUUACGCAUCUGAAGCUUUAUGCUCAUCUUCUGCA